AUGAUUGAGAACGGCAUGUACACCAUGAUGAGCGCGAUCAUCAUUGCGAUCUACUUCCAAGAACACCCGAAGAUACAAGCCUAUUUCGGCUUUGUCCUGAUCUUGUUGGGUGUGCUUUUGGCGCAGAAGUCUUCCAGUUCCAAAGGGAAAGGAGAGUUUCUCGCGGCGGUCGCCGCUCCUCAGGAGUCCUCCGAAGCGUCCAGCUCCACCGACGCCCGACACGAGCGCUGCGGCGCGUCCCGCUUCUCCGCCCCGUCGUGCUUCGGGCGCUGCGGCGCGGUGGCGCUGGCGAUGUGCGCGGGCAGUUGUUGGGGCUUUGGGCCCUUGGGCAAGAAGAUUGGUGUGCAUGGAAGCGAGGAUCACCAGAGGCAAGCCUGGGCUGCUUGUACUUACUUCGUUUACAUGCUGUCCACCAUCUUCGUUCCUCUCCUCCGUGUGCUCACGGCCCAUGGCCGACGGGAGGCUCUCGAAGACUCAUCCUUCAGGUGUCGUCUCUUGGGGACAGUGCUUUGCGGCUUGGUCUCUGGCUUUGGGGGGAUGCUCAGCACCUUCGCCUUCGCACAGGAGGGUUACUACAGCGGAGCUUUGAUUUCCACCGUGGAGAACGGCAUUUACACUGUCUUUGGUGCAGUGCUCAUCACCGUGGUCUUCCGGGAGAAGUUGUCGCAGCGGCAGUUGAACCUUGGCGUCGGAGCCGGUGGUUCAGAAGAGUUGAAACCAGAGCAGUUGUGUUUGGGGUCUACAUGCAUGGUUGAAAAGCCACAAGGCCCGCAGGUUUGCAUGUCGGAUUCUCGUUUUGAUGGUACCCUUGUAAUUUCUGUAGCCAUAUUCAAUAACCCCUGGGCCUUGGGCGACGGACAAGGACGGUAA